AUGGCGUCAAAUAUCGAACAGUCGCCAUUCUUCCAGGAGCAGAAGUCGAAAGGCGAAAUCGUUGUCAAGGACCCUCCCAAGUUUGAUCUGGAAUCAUACAUUGCCAAUUACACCGGCUACACACGAAUCGAUCGCCUGCACCACAUCGGCGCCCACUCGCCAUACCUCGCCGCAGACGCUUACCGCCUCGCUAUCGCCGAGGCAAAGAGGGGAAAGAAUGUUGAUUUAUACACAACACUGGUAGAACAGUUCAGCCGCAUAGCACCACAGGACCCUGCGUCUGUGACAGAUACAGCAUGGGUUGAGAAGAAGACGCGGGAAGUGCGCGAGGAGCACGACCGACUAGAGCAUGAGCUCAAGUCAUACAAGAACAACUUGAUCAAGGAGAGCAUACGAAUGGGCAAUGAGGACCUCGGUCACUUCUACUACGAUACCGGUGACUUUAGUAACGCACUGAAGGCCUACAUGAAGAUGCGGGAGCAUUGCACCUCGCCCAAGCAUCUUGCAGACAUGACCCUCCGCCUCGUAUAUGUUAGCAUCGCACAAAAGUCAUGGACAAAUGUAUUGGCAAAUCUGGCCAAGUCGGAAGCCACUCAGAUUAAGGGCGAUGACAAGGCCAAGAUGGAGCCCAUCAUUUCUGCUUGCAGCGGUCUAUGUCACAUGGCUACUGGCAACUACCGCGAAGCUGCGACAGCGUUCCUUGGUACAUCAGCGGCAUACUUGACUGCAGAGCCAGCAGCGUACAUUACAUGGCAGAAGGAAGUCAUUUCGGGUAACGACAUUGCGGUAUACGGUGGUCUUUGUGCGCUUGCCUACAUGGACCGCAGCGAUUUGCAAAACAAGGUGCUAGCAAACAGCGAAUUUCGUAACUUCCUUGAGCUCGAACCUCACAUUCGCCGCGCUAUCAACCUCUUCUGCAACUCCAAAUACAGCGCAUGUCUCGAAGUGCUCGAAGGCUACCGCAACGACUAUCUCCUCGACGUAUAUCUGUCCAAGAUGCUGAACACCAUCUACAGUCGGAUCCGGACAAAGAGCAUCGUGCAGUACUUCAUACCCUUCAGCUGCGUCACGCUUGACGAAAUGAUGUCCAAGUUCCCGCCAGCGGAAGGCCGGACCAUCGACGAAGAUCUGGAAGAGAUGAUCAACCAGCGUGUUCUCAAUGCGCGGAUAGAUCUCGUCGACCGCCUACUCAUCUGUCCACCCACAGACCCCCGCCACGACGUACACGCCGACGCUCUCAAGAUGGCCGAGGAGUACGACCACACCCUGCGCCUUCGAUUAACGCGUCUCAACUUGCAGGCAGCGAGCAUGGAGAUUUCAUCAAACAAGUCGAAUGAAAAGUCAUCUGGUAUGGGUGGAAGCAUCGGUGACACUUUCCGCGGUUUAGGUCAGAAGAUAGGAUUUUAG